GUCCUGAUAAGAAUCCAAGAUGCCAGAGCUUAUAGAGCAGAUGUACUGCUCUCAGCAGAUUGUUAUACCUCCAAAGUUUCCUUAUAUACUCAAGAGGUAUUGCAAAGCGGCAAUAAAAACUCAACCCUAUGACCUACUUCGAUGGUCGUUCGAGUACUUCAAGGCUCUCUCCCUACGGCGUCCGCCGCCGGUUAAGCUGCGACUCGAGUACCCUGUAUACAGCACUGAAGGUGGACUCACCAGGGGUUGUUUGAAAGUAUUGUGCAAUCAGUUGUCAAGUUUGAUCGAGGUGCCUAUACAUGCGGUCAAGACAGCGUGGCAAGGGUUUUGCCUUGAUCCAGCUGAAUUAAGACGCAUUCUGUGCAUAUGUCAAGUUUAUCAGAGAGAAGAAUACAUUCCUUUCUUGCAUUUCAUCGCUGUUGCUGGUGGGCUUCUCACUAAGUUGUCAAGUUUGAUCGAGGUGCCUAUACAUGCAGUCAAGACAGCGUGGCAGGGGUUUUGCCUUGAUCCAGCGGAAUUAAGACGCAUUCUGUGCAUAUGUCAAGUUUAUCAGAGAGAAGAAUACAUUCCUUUCUUGCAUUUCAUCGCUGUUGCUGGUGGGCUUCUCACUAAGAGCCUAACUCACACAAUGAUACUGCUAUGCGAAUCUUUGACCAGAGAACCGGACGGCGGAUCAGCCGCCAUUCCGGUGAUGGACUUUCUAACCAUGUACCGGUUUCUGGCCAGGAUAGACGCUUCCAAAGACGUUAAGUACAUCGACGGGUAUAUGGAAGGUUUUGAACCUGACGUUACGGAAGAACUGGUUGAUGAAAUAGAGUCUGUGCAAGAGCCUCAGGGCCAAAUAUCAAUCGACGAUUUCUGGGAAGAAGAUAAAGCAGGACUUCAUAAAAUAUACCUAGUCGACGAUAAUGUGCCGACAGCACCAAAAAUCAGUGAUAAACUACAGAAACCUAUUAUUGGUGCUGUGUCUCGAUCACCUUCCGUAGAAAGAGCGGCUGAUAUUGAGAGAGAAAAUUACUUAAAGGAUAGAAAAGGAAAGCCCCCCAUUGACCAAGAAGCUGAAGUUAAGAAAGUAGUGACCGACGAAGACAAGGAGAGUGAUGGUACAUUACGAAUAAUGGUAUACGAUGAAGAUGGCCAAGUUAUACCUUAUGAGUUAUACGGUGAGCCAAAAAUUAAAGAAGCGGUGACGACAUCAGAUGAAAAUGCAGAGGCUGAAGACGAAGAAAAUAAACCUCUGUCGGUUUCUCAAUCGCAGAUGAUCGAGGAGUUUGUUGCUUCUUCCUACGCAGAAAGGAAUAAUCGUCGCAACGAUUUGCAAACUACCUUUAAUGAAAUAAAAACGCUGGUGGAGAAGUUCAGGAAUGCUCAAUAUGAUUUGGGUAUGGUGGCCGGCCGCCAAAUGUCCACGACGAGCGGUGAAUUCAUCGUUCAAUCCAUCGAGAAAGAAAUCAUGGACUACAUCGACAAGCAGAUCGGCAUUCUACCAGAUCCUGACUUGAAGAAGAAAAAGGCGAAACCAGAAGAAGUAGCAAUGAUCAAAGAGCUAUUGGAGGACUUUAUCGACGAGAACAUGGACAUAAUCGCGCGCGAAGUAGAGGAAGUGGAGGAGGAGGAGGAGCCUAUACCAGAGAUUGUAGUAGUCUACGCAGUUCCGGGCAUUGGCCCACCGGUGGACGAAGACAUAAUCCGGGAGUUCGAAGAAUACGCAAUGGAGAUUUGCAAGGUGCAAGCCGAGGUCUUUAUGCCGAGGAACAUAAGGCACUUUUUGUGCCCGCCUUUGGAGAAGUACGUAGUUCCUAUCCAUUUCUCAGGUUCUGGGGAUUGUGGGACAGACACUAUUUUUUCAGGUCUAAAUUGCGUAUUUUUUUCAAAUAAACCAACGCUUCGGGCUCUUUACAAGUCCCAUGGUUACAGCUGAGAUGGUAAAGUCAUUAAUCAGUUAUGUCUAAUAUUAAUG